AGGUUGGAGCGUUGCGUUGGGAUCGUCCAGUCGUUGACCAAUGGGCUGUCAGAGAGAGAGGCCAACGACGCGCUCACCGCCAACGUCUGUAAAGGGCAGCAGCAGCAUGAGGAGGUGUGUCUGGGACUAUUCACUCUGGUCCUCACAGAGCCGGCCCAGGCCCAGAGGUGUUACAGAGACCUGACCCUGCUCAGCAGAGACGGGAUGAACGUGGUCCUGGUGAAGAUCAACCAGAUCCUGAUGGAGAAGUUCCUCAAGCUGCAGGAUGUCCCCAGAACACAGCUGGUUUGGCUGGUCCGGGAGCUGGUGAAGAGUGGAGUGAUGGGAGCUGACGGUGUCGUCAUGACGCUGCUCAAACAGAUCGCAGGCGGAGACGUCUCCACCAAGAACCUGUGGCUGGCUGAGAGCGUCCUGGACAUCCUGCUGGACCAAAAGUACAUCUCACUCUGCACUCUGUUAACCACGUUUGUGAAAACACAAAUUUAAACCCAGAA